AUGUAGGACUGGUUAGAAUAACAAAGGUUCACUAUAGUUUUGGAACUGUUAGGAUUAAUUUGUUGCACAAACACUAUAAUGACUACACCAUGCUUCUGUGAGGAUUAAUUUGCUGCACAAACACCAUGUUUCAUGUUAGUUAGGAUUAAUUUUAACUUUUAUUUACUGCUUGAUUAAUUUAGGUAUAUGAAACAACUUUGUACUCGGUUGGGCAAGAGUAACAUGUAUGGUUUCAUUGAUCCUAAUUUCAUUCAACCACAAAAUGAUCGUGUUGGUUCUCAGUCUUACAUAACUGAAAAGCUGGUUGAGAGUGAGAAAGACUGUUUUUUUGUACCUUAUUUAAACAAUUGUCAUUGGAGGUUGCUCAUUAUUGAGCCAAAAGCACACAAUGUAAUCUUCCUAUGUUCAAUGGGGUUGAAACCAGAUAAAAAUAUCGUUCUUAUUGUUGAUUCAGCUAUCAAUGGAUAUAAUAGGUUGAAAGGUUCAAGAAAACAAAGAAAGCCAACAUGGAACACUACUCUCACGUGCCAAAGACAAUCUUUCAAUUAUGAGAGUGGUUACUAUGUUAUGAUACAUAUGAUGAACAUUGUAUCUGCCGGUAUUGUUAAUUCAUGGAAUCGGGUAUUUGGAGACGGAACACCAUUUCAUUAGGAUGAAGUUUCGAAUGUUCAAGAACGUUGUGCAAAUGCAAUUCUUGAAGUAAUAUGAUUAGGUAAAAAAUGACAAUUGUAUCUGAUAUGUAGAAUUGAUGAUGCACCAAUGGUUUUAUGGUGUUUAGGCCUCUUUUAUUAUGUGUCUGCUACAUUAAUGUAACCGGAGGAUUUGGUGUUUUGGUAGUAGCAUAAGAUCGUUUAUCUUCAGUUUGCUUAGGCGUGUUUUGGUAGUAGCAUAACAUUGUUUAGCUUUGCUUAGGCAUAUUUUGGUAGUAGCCUAUGACCGUUUUGCUUUGCUUAGGCAUGUUUGGAGUCUAAGAUUGUUUAGUUUUAGUAAGAGAUAUUUAGUUCCGAUGGUACUUUUGGAACAGUAUUUCCAUGAAUAUUUUGUAAAUGAAUUUAAUGACAAUUUGGUGGUAUGAUAUUUGGUUUUCUGA